AUGGAAAAACUACGAGAACACAACACGGGCACAGCGCCCCCAGGGCCUGUUGCGCCGCACACGUCACUCACCGGGGACAAGGGCGAGCAGAGCCAGGGCCGCCAGUACGGGGGCCAUGGCGGCGACGCGCGGGCAUACCACACCCGCGCACGCUGCGCUACCACACCGGCGCGCUCAUGCGGCCUGCGACAACACGCCCGUCCCGAGCGGCGCCCGGAGCGGGACUGGGCGCGCCCGCCGCCUCACCCCCGGCUGCCGACCCCUCCGCGCCCCCUACUCCCCGCCCCUCCGCCACCCCGCCCGCCCUGCGCAGCCUUCAGAGGUCCCACUGGUAUCGACUUCAAGGCCGCCAGCCCUGCAGCGGCCCCGACCGGGCCCUGGGCCGAGGUGCCGAGC